AUGAAGAAAGGAGAUAUACAGCUCGGACUUCGGCGCAAGUCGCGCAAGAACGACAAGGAGAUCGAAUUUGGAUGUUUCACAAUACGCGACCGAAAAACGGACCAUGAUCCACUGGCAAGUCGCACAUACUCUUUGCAUCACCUCCCUAAGGAUGAGCAAGCCACCGAGGCUUUGACGUACCUGGAGAGAUGGCUUAAAUAUGCAUGUACGCGGUUAAACCACAAGUGGGACAGUGGUGACUACGCGUUCCCAGCACUGACAAAGGUUCCCCGCGGCGGUGCUAAACGUCCGAAGAACUCUCUCGCUAGCGCUAGUCCUAAUGGGACAUUUGGGAAUGUUGGCGUUAAAUGGGGCGCUCCAAUGUCGGACAGUAACUUCACUCAGAUUAUCAACAUUGUCGCCAAUGCAGCUGGAAUCAGCAAGAAUCUCCUUGGGGAUGACAUCUGGUUUACAUCACAUUGCUUUAGGCUAGGCGGAGCUCGUGGUGGGCAGGAUGGGCGCCAAGUGAAAAGGCUGAGACCGUAA